AUAUAGUCUAUAUGUCUUUAGUCCGCAAAUACGUUAUGUACUUGUCAUUUCUUAGUUUAAAAUUUUUAAUACAUUCACAAGGCUGAAGAAAAGAAAAGCUUUUACACAUUGACCUUUUGGGAAAUUGUGUGUAUAGUUGUGAGGACAAAAAUGAGUGCAUUACAUUUUAGAAAUAAGGCUGAAACUUCACAAAAUGUAGAAAAGCGAAGUACUGUGAAUACUUUCCGGAUGUACUGUAAACGUGGGUGUACAUUCUUCUUUACAAUGUUUACCAUUGUGGUUUGUCAUAUAUAAAGGCGUGUGGCUGUUACAAACCACACUGCAGCUCCUCCCAGUUAGUGUAGAGUUCCUUGGUUGUGUGUUUGUGGAUUCUAAAACUUUCAAAAACAUGUUGAGACUUAGUGUUUGAUUCCAGUAAGACCCACAAAUAAUAUAUUUUUUUCUGUUGAUUCUCUAAUUUGAUAGGAAUCACACUUUCAAAAUCCACUCAUCAGAGCAAAUUAACCCAGUAUGUCCCGUUUUGACAUUCCCAGCUGAAUGGGUUCCACACACGUCCAUCCCGACAUUUCUUGCAUACCUGUUGUUUGGAAGAGAAAAACUUAAAAUGUCUUUAAGUAAAGUGGGUCAUAAAGUGUGUUUGGUCCCUGUGCCCACACUGCUCUUUUUUUCUCUUUAUGUGGAAGAGUGGAGCUCUUUAUGCUGAUGUGUUGACAAGUCAGUACACACUUGCACUUCAUCCAGUACUGCAUCCUCAACAACAUUUAGUUCUUGAACUGUACCACUUACGGCGCUGAUACAGAGCAUACAGAGGUCUUUAGAUGUUACUUCUGCACAUCUAAAGACUUCAACAAUAAGCUUGAAAUGUAAGGUGUUCUGUUUUGAGAGUCUUGUUAGAAAAAGGCAAAAGUACUGAAACUAGGUGUGUCUCGAAACAACUCUUUCACUCAAUACAAUUCCUUAUCGGCCAAUAAUGAUAUCAGCACAAAUCAUACAUACUUUUAUCAUUUUGUCAUGUAGAAUGUUAGAAAAGGCUUGAUCAAUGGGAAUUACUUAGAAUGCAAUGGUAGGUAUGAAAAACACUAACCUAUUAUUACCAGUCUACUAUGGAAUUAUACUGUUUUUAAGUUGAAAUAAAGUGGUAAUUGUUUUUAUUGGCAGCUAGUGUCCACAAUAAUUAAUUAAGUUUAAGCUCAUGACGUUGUAAACUGAAUGCUGCGGAAACAUUCAUUAUUGGGAAUUUUUCUCUUUGGAAACUUUGUAUCUGUUCGUAAUAUUGUUAUGCUUUGACACCUGAGGAGAAUCCUAAAAAUACCAGCGAGGCAAAUAUACAAAAAGAGUCCUUUUAAUUUCACCAAAAAGCGAAUUACAAAAAAAGACUGGCUGAAAGGAUCAUAAAAGCCUGCAAACUACGCUAGCCUCAGAGGGGGGAUAACAAAAGACAAUGCCGCUGGCGGGAGACAGCCAUGUGACACGAAACAGUACAAAUAAAACAAGUAGCAAACAAAGGUAGACCACUAGGGGAAAAUGGGAGGAUUUAGCACUCAAAUACAAAAAUGUACAGAAUCGAGAAGUGUCAAAAAUAAACUCAAUGACCAGGAGGACUGCAAGCUGAUUUUGUGUGGAGCAACGUGUUGCAACAACGUGAAAAAUCCCACACCAACAGGUGCACGAGAUGAGAAUAAAUAAGCAGAGGUUGAUUGAUAACAGCUGUGCUUGUCACACCUGCCUUCCUCUAGUAACCAUGGCAACUACAAAAAAGAAAAGGCACAGGGAGCCACAAAGCCAACAGGAGGCACUAGAACCCAGAUAUGUAACAAAUAUGGAACUAUAAUAAUGCGUAUAUCAACAAAUGUUGUGUUGUAAAUUGCAGUAUAGUUAAAUCAAAGAAACUACUAUUAGGGAUGUAUACAGAGUACUGGUAUUUUUUGGCUACUGUUUCCUAAUUGGUUCAGUUCAGGAGAACCGUUAAGAUUCUGGGCAAAUGACACGACUCUUGGUAUUCUUUUCAUCCAGCUGACCGUAAUAAUUACACUCUGUCACAUUCACUUCAGUUGCCGGCUAGGAUCAAAUCAGCUUGGAAUAUUCACAACUAAGGAUGCAACACUACACCAAGGGCAUAGAAUUGGGUAGGAACGCUAGGGACACGUCCCUACCAAUAUCCAGCCGCUACUGUGUAGUCACUAUCAACACAAGCGCUGCCCGUAAUGUUUAGUCAAUGAUUAUGGCACAAAAAGGGUUAAAUGUUGGUCUCUGCUAGAAGUCCCGCCUCUAACCUAAAUAUCGCUCCCUGAUUGGUUGCCGGUUUCAUGCUAACUUACGUGUGAUUGGCUGUCCCCGCUGUCACUCCUUAUGCUUGUAAAAGCUAGCCUACAUGCUAGUUGCUAGCGAGCGGACGAGAGGCAGUGCAACUGUCAGUGCAAGUUGUCAACAUGUUCGGCAUUUGUUGUUCCUGGCACACGGACGUAUGGGUAUUAACUUUCAUCAUCCUGGAGUCGACCACAUAAUGCCACUGAGCACCCGGAGCUUUGGCCGCAGAAGAGGUCGUUCCUACCUAUUUCCCUUUGAAGAUGGCUUCCUUGACGAUGGCCAUGGUGACCCGUCCUUCACCCCAAGCAUGAACUCCCCAACCCAUUGCCAAAAUGGAGAGAGGAUGGAGCGCUACUCCAGGAAGGUCUUUGUUGGUGGCCUACCCCCUGAUAUAGACGAAGAUGAGAUCACCAACAGUUUCCGUCGUUUUGGACACCUGGUGGUAGACUGGCCCCACAAAGCAGAGAGCAAAUCCUACUUCCCGCCUAAAGGUUAUGCCUUCCUGCUGUUCCAAGAAGAGACUUCUGUUCAAGCCUUGAUUGACGCCUGCAUCGAGGAGGAUGGCAAGCUCUAUCUGUGUGUGUCCAGUCCUACUAUCAAAGACAAGCCUGUCCAGAUCCGUCCGUGGAACCUGAGUGACAGUGAUUUUGUCAUGGAUGGCUCCCAGCCGUUGGACCCCCGUAAGACUAUCUUUGUAGGGGGGGUUCCAAGGCCCUUGCGUGCAGUGGAGCUGGCCAUGAUCAUGGACCGUCUGUAUGGCGGCGUUUGCUACGCUGGAAUCGACACAGAUCCGGAGCUCAAGUACCCAAAGGGAGCCGGUCGCGUGGCCUUCUCCAACCAGCAGAGCUACAUCGCCGCCAUCAGCGCUCGCUUCGUUCAGCUGCAGCACAAUGACAUCGACAAAAGGGUGGAGGUGAAGCCAUAUGUCCUCGACGACCAGAUGUGCGACGAGUGCCAGGGGGCGCGCUGCGGCGGCAAGUUCGCCCCCUUCUUCUGUGCCAACGUCACAUGUCUGCAGUACUACUGCGAGUACUGCUGGGCCAGCAUUCACUCUCGCGCGGGCCGAGAGUUCCACAAGCCGCUGGUGAAGGAGGGAGGCGACCGCCCGCGACACGUGUCCUUCCGCUGGAGCUGAACGCCUGAGAGCGCGGGCGGCGGACCGUCCGACAUCCCCAAUAAAUGACGUCAUCACCUCCAUCCACCUGACGAGGACCUCCCCACCUCCUGUCCCCCGUGAUGAGCGUUCUGGGAAAGUCGUAUGUUAGAUUUUUGCACUUUGGCACACCACCUCAAUCAUACACGCACACACACACCCGGUGUCAUGUGACUCCUGGGCGGCGAGGUCCUGCUGAACCCCCACCCCAUCCCGCCCCCAACCUUCACAACA